AUGUCGCCCAAAAAAGAUGCGAACAAGGUCAUCAAGACUCCCAGCAAGAGAAAGGCAACUCAGUCGCCCACCUCUUCCGGUCCGUAUUCACCCAACAAGCAUGUUUACGAUUCCGUGAAUGAUCUGGACUUUAUCUGGGCAGUUCUGUAUGAGGCUACCGACUUCCCGAAGCCCAAUUACCAGCGAGCUUCUGAACUCCUAGGUAUGCCCUAUAAAACUGUCUUUGGUCGCUUUGCACGGAUCAAGAAAGGUUUCGAUGGUACCCCUGCCGCUAGUCCAACCACUACUUCGAAGCCGCGUAAGGCUCCUAAGUCCGAGGCGGCCUUAAAGUCUGAGGUCGAUGCUCCCAUGACCAAAGAUACAAAUGGAUUCAAGAGCGAUGUCAAGGCCAAGAUCGAGGUCGAGGCUAAGCAUGCUACAAAUGACGAGGAGGAGGCGUAG